UCAUUUCCUGUAAUACGCAUAGUGAGUAAGUCCUUACUUACUUACAUACAUACAUAUGUACGCACAUACGUAUACCUCUUUCCAGUCGUGUUCGAGACUGCCCGUGGAGCACUUCAGUCUACUUACUUGUACCACUACUGCUACAACGUAGUAAGGGAGGGGGCUGUCAGCCAGCCAGCCAGCCAGCCAGCCAGCCAGCCCGAGGUUCUAGUUCUAGUCCGGCCAAUUCACGUGACGCUCCUCUCGUCCUCCUCUGUCUGUACCCAGCCAAGGCACGCAGUCGAUGACGGCCUGCAACCCGAGCAGGAUGCCUCUCACGUGCACUUCAACGCCGCGGUGCCGGCCCUUGUCCUCUCGAGGCCGCGUCCCAAGCUUGUGCUUGCAUGGCCAAAUUGGUCCUCCACGUGGGAUUGCACAUUAAAUCCGGAUGGAUCUCCAGAGCCGCGACGCUGCCGGAGCGCCAUUGAUGAUCGUUGCCGCCAAAUGGGCUAG